AUGCCGGGCAUGGUUGCUGAGGCAGCCCUCGAACCGUGUGACUGGCCCGACGCUGCCCGUUUGGUCUGUUUGGUGGUCGAUGAAUUGGUGUUGGAAGCAACGGAUACAACUGUGACUGGGGUAGAGGUGCCACUGCACUGGUCAGCACGAGAAAGUUUCUCCGCCACCGAGGUGGGAUUGCCUUCGUUAUUCACUUUUUGGCAGUGGAGCAGAGUAGAACGCUCUGUACGCUUCGCUGAAUGUACAGGUACGAGGGUCUCCCCAUUCCCAUACUAUGGUAAUCUUGUUGCUGCUGCUGAGGUGUGGUGCUGGGCGGGGUGA